UGUUUCCAAAGCGACGACACGCGUAAAUUAGAUAUUUAUUUUGAACAAAUUUGAUAUAAAACCUUAAGAAGAUGACGAAGAAGAAACCCUUGCCGCACCUCUCUAAAGAAGAGAAGAUGGUGAUUGUGAUUUCGGAGAUAAUUCAAGAGUUAUUAGUUGCUCAUCGUCAAGGGAAAGAUGUUAACCUCAACAAGAUGAAAACGCGUAUUUCAUCGAAGUAUGGAUUGGGGACCUCGCCCAGACUUGUGGAUAUCAUAGCAGCUGUGCCGGCGGAUGCUAAGAAAAUUCUCUUGCCUAAAUUGAAAGCGAAACCUAUACGUACAGCAUCAGGCAUUGCGGUUGUGGCUGUUAUGUGCAAACCUCACAGAUGUCCACAUAUAAACUUUACGGGUAACAUCUGCGUGUAUUGCCCUGGAGGCCCUGACUCGGACUUCGAGUACUCUACCCAGUCGUACACAGGAUACGAGCCUACCUCUAUGAGGGCUAUUCGGGCUAGGUACAAUCCGUACCUGCAAACCCGUCAUAGAGUGGAGCAACUAAAACAACUCGGUCACAGUGUUGACAAAGUGGAGUUUAUUGUUAUGGGAGGCACCUUUAUGAGUCUGCCUGAGGAUUAUAGAGACUAUUUUAUCAGAAAUCUCCAUGAUGCCUUAUCCGGCCAUACUUCGAGUUGUGUGGCAGAAGCAGUCAAGUACUCGGAGAAGGCUAAAACUAAAUGUAUUGGCAUUACAAUAGAGACCAGACCAGACUAUUGUCUGCAGAGGCAUAUGAGUGAUAUGCUUAACUAUGGAUGCACAAGAUUGGAAAUUGGUGUACAAUCUGUGUAUGAAGACAUUGCUCGUGACACAAACAGGGGGCACACUGUAAAAGCAGUUUGCGAGAACUUCAAUUUGGCUAAGGAUGCUGGUUAUAAGAUAGUAGCACACAUGAUGCCAGACCUCCCAAAUGUGGACUUUGAAAGAGACGUCGAACAGUUCAUAGAAUUUUUCGAAAAUCCAGCUUUUAGGGCUGACGGUCUGAAGAUAUAUCCAACUUUGGUGAUCAGAGGCACUGGCUUAUAUGAGUUGUGGAAGACUGGAAGGUACAAGAGUUACCCGCCUUCGACCUUGGUGGACUUGGUUGCUAAGAUCUUGGCUCUUGUCCCACCCUGGACUAGGGUUUACAGGGUCCAACGUGACAUUCCCAUGCCUCUGGUUUCCUCUGGAGUGGAGCAUGGUAACUUGAGAGAAUUGGCACUGGCGCGUAUGGCGGAUUUGGGUACGGACUGUCGGGAUGUCAGGACUAGGGAGGUUGGCAUACAGGAGAUCCACAACAGGGUCAGACCUUAUGAGGUGGAAUUAAUAAGACGAGACUACGUAGCCAAUGGGGGUUGGGAGACGUUCCUGGCCUAUGAAGACCCAGGGCAGGACAUUCUGGUAGGCUUGUUGAGGCUUCGCAAGUGCGCCUCGGACACAUACAGACCAGAACUCAAAGCCGGACCUAACUCUGACUUCAAACAGUGCAGUAUUGUUAGAGAGCUGCACGUUUAUGGGUCAGUUGUACCUGUGAACGCGCGAGACCCAACGAAGUUCCAGCACCAAGGAUUCGGCAUGCUUCUCAUGGAGGAAGCUGAACGGAUAGCUCGUGAGGAACAUGGCUCAGACAAGAUGGCCGUCAUAUCUGGAGUGGGGACUAGAAACUAUUACGCAAAAAUUGGCUACCAUUUGGAAGGCCCUUACAUGGUUAAAAUGCUUGUAUAAUGAGCAGUUUUUCAGUAGGUAUACUAUUUUUAGUUCUUUCAAUAAGAGAUGGAGCUCAAAUCACUUUUGAGAGUUAAUAAAUCCAAGCAAUAAAUAAAAACAAAAUGAAACAGUCCGUUUAUUUGCAUAAUUCGCUAUAAUUUAUGUGAUUUAUAAAUAAUUUAAGUAGUUUAAAAUAGUUAUUAUAAUAUUAUCGGAAUAAAUCGUUAUUAUAUGAACAGCAUGGUGUAGUGCUGUAAAGGUGUUCUUUUGUAAAGUGAUGAUUUGAUCAUCAUUAAACGCUGUAAACUAUGAUGCUGGUAUGAUGUAGGUGGUUUUUUUUUAUGUAUAUACGCCUGCAUGCAGGCCGCACACAUCACAACAUUGUUAUUUGAAUUAUUUUACCACCUUUUUGUAUUUUAUGUGUUCUCGCAAAUAAAUUUAUUUGAUUUGAUUUGGUAUAACCACCAAGAGAGGCUCAAGCCUCGAUAAAAAUUAGAUAAAAAAGAAGUAUGUUAUCUGAUAACUUCUUUGUUUUUUUUUUUUUGUGGAACGGAAUGUUUUUACCAUACAAAGUUUUUCUAGUGACGUGAACGCCAUCUCUGUUUAAUGACGGAACUAACUGGAAAACUCAUUGAAAGAAUAUCAUAAUCUUCAUUGUAUAAUAGUUGGAUUGUACUUUUAAGUAUAAGUUUUAUUUGUACGAUAAAUAGUACUUAAAUAUGUACAUUUAGAAAGAAACCUGAAAGGUUGUUUAUUUUUACGG